AGCCGGAAACUCCCAAUCCGUUCACCAUAGAAACGCGAUAGAAACGCUGUUGACCCGUGUCCGUUGGUCUCGGGAGAGGGGGCUGGGCGAGAGGACCAGAAGUGAAAGAAGUUUAGCGAAGUAAGUUAGGCCCGGAAGAGGUCGCUGCAGGUUCAGGAGAGAACCAGGUCGGUGUGAGGGUCGGUCUGUAGAAUAGGCGGGGACGGGGACGGUCUGUUGGCCUUUCGGUGGGUUGUGGCUCUUCUGAGUCCGUGAAGGUAGCUUGGGGAUGGUGGUUUUUUGGCUUUGGUUUUUUGGGGUUUUUCGUUUUUUUGGAAAGGAACAGGGAAGAGUCUGUGCUGGAUGUUGUGAUCGGGGCGUCUUUGGGGUCCAUCAAAGGGGACUCUGGUGGUUAACGAUUAAACGUCUGAACAGAUGAAGCUGUCCUGAGGUCAGCGUUCAGGGUCUUCACGGGCCACUCUCCCUGCAGGUGACUGACACCUGGUUGGAGGGGCGGGGGGCGCUUGUCGAAUGAUUGCGGCUUCUUGUUCAGGGUCUCGAAGAAUUUGGAGCCCGAAGGUCGAAGAACCGUUAAGGAGGUCCGCGUGCGCGUGUAUCAGGUCUGGUUUGGUCUUAAUCCGGUGGGGCGGUUAUCACCGUCUUUUGUGCCGAGAGGUGGGACAGCAGAAGGUCUGGAGGCUGGGGAGUCCUGGUAGGUGCGUACGUUGAGCUCAGACUUUGGCAGCUGGGACAGACUUGAAGGUUAGUUAACAUUUCUUAAAAGCUUCAGGUCCAAGUCUCUUUCUUCACCAGCACCCAUUUUUCUCCUCCCUUUUGGCUCCCUCUAUCACCCAUUCUUUUGAAUCCAAAGAAAUGAAGAAAGUUUGGGGGAAGAUGAACGAUUUUGCAUAUUUAAAUAUAGUAAGCUUUUAAAUUAGAUUUCUAUUGUAAAUUGACUGAUUUCAUUUCAGCUUCUAUAUGCGAAUAUAUAAAGGCUGCUGUUUUCCCAGUGCGUGUGUGUGUGUGUGGUGUGUGUGUGUGUGUACACACAUAUUUGUCUUUUUAGGGCCGCAACCUUGGCAUAUGGAGGUUCCCAGGCUAGGGGUCAAAUUGGAGCUGUAGCUGCCCACCUACACCACAGCUCACAGCAAUGCCAGGUCCUUAACCCACUAAGCAAGGCCAGAGAUCAAACCUGCAACCUCAUGGUUCCUAGUCAGAUUUGUUUCCACUGUGCUACAAUGAGAACUCCUCUUUGUGUGUGUGUGUGUGUGUGUGUGUGAGUGAUCGUGGUUCUCAUAUUGAAGUGUGCAUAUAAACAGGGUGUACGAGCAUUUUUUUAAAGGAGGUAUGAGAGCAACAAAGUUUAAAGGAAAAAUUUAUACUUCCUCAUUGCCCUUAUGACCUCAUUUCUAUAAUUUUUCUGAAAAUUACCUGCCACUGAAAUAUGGUGCUAUGUUGAUUCUCCUUUGCCACUUUCCCUUUCGAAUUCAUGCCACUUCCACAUAUUCAGGGACUAAGUUUUAUUGGCCUGAGCUGUGAAGUCUCCUAGGGAACCAAACGAGGGACGGAAAUACUGGGGACCACGUGUUAAGGUAAGUGGGCAGCAAGAAGGACUAUAAUCCUAAAGGAAAUUUUGCUUUUCAGCUCACAGGUCCCAGCAAGAGACAAGAAAUGAACAAAGAAAGAGGAGGUUCCAGGACCUAGAUAUUGUUAUAUCUGGGGACCCAUUGUCGACUCUGAUAUCUCACUAGGAAUUUCAGGUAUAUCGAGACACAAAGACGGAGCCUCUGCAUUGCUAGCUAUUUUCAGAGAACAGAAGAAAAUGAUCCAGGCCCAGGGAAGCCUGUCAUUCAGGGAUGUGGCCGUGGACUUCACGUGGGAGGAGUGGCAGCUCCUGACCCCCGCUCAGAAGGACCUGUUCCGGGACGUGACGCUGGAGAACUACCGCAACCUGGUGGCCGUGGGGUAUCAAGUCAGCAAACCCGCAGCGCUGGCCAAGUUGGAGCGCAGGGAAGAACCGUGGACGAGAGCCGAGGAAGCCCCCAGUGGGACCUGCGAAGAAACUGGCAAAAUUGGUAAUCAACUGCCUGGUGACUGGGAAAAUCAAAGAAUGCUAAAAGGUAUAGACCAAUACCAGGAAUAUAAUGCACUUGGAAAUCCUGUUCCUCAAAGCAAAAGUCAUUUUCCUUUCAGGCAAAAUUCUGAUAUGCUUGAGUUCUACAUAAAAACUCUGAAAUCAAAUUUAAUUUUAGUCAGCCAGAGCCAAAGCUAUGAUAUUAAGAACUCCACUGAAUGUAACGGAGAUGGAAAAUCAUUUCUGCAUGCUAAGCAUGAAGAAUUUCAUCUUGCAGUUAAAUGCCCUGUAAGUGCAAAACCCAUCAGCAAUAAGUCCCAAAACAUUAAACACCAAAGAACUCACAACACCGAGAAAACCCAUGUAUGCAGUGAAUGUGGGAAAGCCUUUGUUAAGAAGUCUCAGCUCACUGAUCAUCAGAGAGUUCACACAGGGGAGAAACCUUAUGGGUGCAGUAUGUGUACGAAAGUAUUCUCCCGGAAGUCCAGGCUGAAUGAACACCAGAGAAUUCACAAGAGAGAGAAAUCCUUUAUAUGCAGUGACUGUGGAAAAGUCUUCACCAUGAAGAGCCGUCUGAUCGAACACCAGCGAACUCACACUGGAGAGAAACCCUACGUAUGCAAUGAAUGUGGAAAAGGCUUCCCAGGGAAGCGCAAUCUCAUUGUACAUCAGCGCAAUCACACUGGCGAGAAGUGCUACGUAUGUGGUGAAUGCGGAAAAGGCUUCACUGGGAAGAGCAUGCUUACCAUCCACCAGCGAACUCAUACAGGAGAGAAACCCUACAUAUGCAGUGAAUGUGGGAAAGGCUUCACCACAAAGCACUAUGUCAUCAUCCACCAACGAAAUCAUACAGGAGAGAAACCCUACAUAUGCAAUGACUGUGGGAAAGGUUUCACCAUGAAGUGUCGUCUGAUUGAACAUCAGCGAACCCAUACGGGAGAGAAACCGUAUGUGUGCCCUGAAUGUGGAAAAGGCUUUCCCAGGAAGAGUAAUCUCAUCGUACAUCAGAGAAAUCAUACGGUAGAGAAAUCCUACGUAUGCAGCGAAUGUGGAAAAGGCUUCACUGUGAAAAGCAUGCUUAUCAUCCACCAGCGAACUCACACUGGAGAGAAACCCUACAUUUGCAGUGAAUGUGGGAAAGGCUUUCCUUUGAAGAGCCGGCUGGUCGUGCAUCAGCGAACGCAUACUGGAGAGAAACCUUACAGAUGCAGCGAAUGUGGGAAAGGUUUUAUUGUGAAUAGUGGACUGAUGUUACAUCAGCGAACCCAUACUGGAGAGAAACCCUAUAUAUGCAAUAAAUGUGGAAAAGGUUUCGCCUUUAAGAGCAAUCUUGUGGUACAUCAGCGAACGCACACUGGAGAGAAACCCUUUAUGUGCAGUGAAUGUGGAAAAGGCUUCACCAUGAAACGCUAUCUCGUUGUACAUCAGCAAAUUCAUACAGGAGAGAAGUCCUAUAUAUGCAGAGAGUGUGGGAAAGGUUUUGUCACGGAAACAGAGCUCAUUUUACACCAACAGACUCACACCGGAGAGAAACCUUUUGCAUGCAAUGAAUGUGGCAAAGGCUUCACCGUGAAGAGCCGUCUAGUUGUUCAUCAGCGAACCCACACAGGAGAGAAGCCUUUUGUGUGCAGCGAAUGUGGAAAAGCCUUCUCCUCAAAGAGGAAUCUCAUUGUACAUCAGAGAACUCAUAAUGGAAACAAACCUUAAGAAAGCAAUGAAUGUGGUCACACCUACAGGAAGAAAACAUGCUUUGUCCAACAUCAGAGAUUCCAAGCAAGACAGACUUCUUUUACAUGAACUGACUGUUGAAAAUCCUAUUCAUAUUGGAUCAAAUUGGUAUUGUUCUCAUUACCCACCAGAAAUUUUACACAGGAGACACACCAUAUGCAUGCAGUUAAUGUGAGAAAGCUGCAACACAAAUUCAGCACCCGUGGUACAUCACCUAAUUCAUCACCUGUGGGUUCAGUGAAGGAGGGUAACCUUUCAUGUGUCAGGCCUUGUGAAUACACAGGAGAAACAAAUGCAUAAGUCAAGGUACAUCAUCCUUUGCAGUGAAUCUGAACUCAUUCAUAUACAAGUGAACUCGUUCAGGGUACAAACCAUGACAGUUCAGUGAGUGCAUUUAAACAUCAGUGGGCUCCUCACACACCUGAAUAUUAUAGUCAGUGAGGAUGAGCCUGUGGCUAGAGGUCACCCUUGGGGAACUAUGGAAUUUGCACAGGAAUGAAAGUUAAUGCAGGGAAUGUGCCAGUGCCUUCAGUGAUCUGCUACCUCACAUUGUCACAAUUAACAUGUAGGAAAAAAGCUCUGAUACAUUCAAUGCAGAAAAGGCUUGAGGAAACAUUUCUAGGUGAUUAUACAUCUGAAAAGAAUCUACUAAGACACAUCUUACGAAUGGAGAGACUAGAAAACUUUUUGUGGGAAUAAAGACCCUGUCUUAUCAUAAAAGAUCAUCAGAGUAGGAAUAUGAUGAUCCUGGUAAAGUCUGUGCCUAGGAGUAAAACUUAGUCAUUGCCAAUAUUCGUGCUGGAGGAAAAUUUUCACAUGGCAAUGAAUAUGGCAGAGUUUUGGUGAUAAUAGUCCCAUCUCAUCACUUCUCAUGAAUUCAUAGAGAAAUAAAACUUACAAAUACACUAAGCAUAGAGUAACUUUAGCAAAUUAUCAGAAUUCCGAAGGAAAGGAGCCUCGUGAAAAUGACAUAUACUUAAGCUAUUACAAGUCUAACCUUAUACACCUUUGUUCAUUUUGGGACAAGAUACUUUGAACCAUACUCUUAAUGAUUCCAUAAUCUUAAAGUAGGCUAUUCUCAAUACUGGUUAAAUUUUAAUGUUAUAAAUGAUGCAGGAAUGUUCUGUGCCCAGCUCUAACCAUUAUAUGAUUUGCUCUUGCAUUUCUUAGGCUCUAAAUUCAUCUCUUUUAGUCUAUUACAUACUCCAAAAGAAAAAGGAAUAUGUUCAUAGAUAUAAUUAAACAUAUUGGGAUGUAUUUAUCCAAGUUUAUAAGUAGCAGUAGUAGUUUACAAAAACACUUUAUUAAAAUGAUUCUUCUAAAAUUUGUUUUUAAACUUUGAAAUAGUUUGACUCACAAGAAAUUACAAAAUAUACGAAGUUCCCAGGUACCAUUAUUCAGCUCCUUCAGUGAUAUUAUCUUACAUAACCAAAGUACAUCAUAACCAAUAAAAUGACAUUAGUACAACACUGCUGAGUAAACUAUAGACCUUAUUUGGAUUUCAGUAGUUUUUGCAUGCAGUAAUUUGUGUAGGUUUUGUUUUGUUUUUUAAUAGAGUUCUAAGAAAUUUUAUCACAUAUACAAAUUUAUGUAAACCCCCUACAGUGGGGAUGCAGAAUUGUGCCAAUACAAAGAAACAUCCUCCUGCUGCUCCUUUAUAAUCACACUCUCUCUGGCCAUGACCUGUGGUGAACACUCCUCAGAACUCCAUCACUCUGUUAUUUCAAGAAUUCUAUUAAAAUGGAAUCAUACAGUGUGUAACCUUUGGGGUCAGAUUUAUCUCACUUAGCAAAUUGCCCUUAAGAUUCAUCCAGUUUGUUGGGUGUAUAGUUUUACUUUUUGUUGCCAAAUAAUAUUCUUCUGUAUGGAGGUACAUGGUUUAUUUGUUCACUGUUGACAGAUGUUUAGGUGGUUUCCAGUGUUUCACUGUAAAAAAUAAAAAUCUUUGAAGAUUUGUGGACCCAGUUUUAUGUGAA